GCCAUUAGCAGCAUAUACCACAAGAUCAGGCUGAGCUCUGGGACGGGAAAGUCACUCCUUGGAUUCUUUCUCUGCGAAUCGUCCGGGUAUGGCUCUUCUUCGAUUGAGUUGCUCAAGUCACUCGUACUUCAAUUUAUCAAACAGAACCAGCUACUUGCUACGUACGCCAAGCAUCUUCCGAAAAGAGACAACCGGAAACUUGGAUGACGACUCUACCGCUACCAUGAGCUUACACAAUCUUUGGCGCUGUUUCAUAGAUAUUCUCGCCGAUGACUCCAUUGGCGACGUUUACGUCGUCAUCAACAACAUACAUUUGCUUGAGUAAGACCAGUACACCAACAUGCUCAUCGACCUCAUUAACGGCAAUUUCAAUCGCCAAAGUCAGCCUGGCGGGGGAACUCAAAGAGCUCGGAAAUGGCUGAUCACAAGC